UCUGCAAUUUUGACAAGUGUCAUGGCAGUCAAUGGAGAGACUGUUCUUGUCGAGCAGAAAAUCUCUCGGUUGAGCAUCACCUCGGAAUCGGGCAGCAUGAAGAUCGAGGCCGAAAGCGAGCUCAGCAUCGAGGACAAGCACUGCGCCCAAAAGUGGGGCUUCAAAGUCAAGGACUUGUACAAACUGGCGCUCAGAUUCUACAAGGAGAAAGAAGGAAAAGCUGUGCACCUCUCGUACGACGACAAGUUGAAACUGGUGGCGUACACGCAGCAAGUGGUGCACGGACCUUUUAAAGCGGAGAAUUUGCCGCCGCUGGGAGUUUUCGACGUGAUUGGCAGAGACAGGAGAGUGGCCUGGCAGGCGCUGGGGAACAUGUCGCAGGGAGACUCGAUGUUGGCGUUCAUCAAUCGGCUCGAGGAACUGUGCCCCCUUUUCGACUCGUUCGUCGAGGCCAACAAACGCGACUUGGAGGAAAAGGAGAGGCGACUAUUGGAAGUGAAAGAGCGAGAAAUCGUGGAGGCCGAGCAAAAAGCGCUGGAGGAGGAAAUGCUGAAGCAACAGCAGGAGGAGCAGGCGAGACAAGAAUUUCAAAGGCGGCAAAUCCAGGACGCUUUGAACCAGCAAACCUUCCAGCAGUUCAAGGCGUACGCCGAGCAGCAGUACCCGGACAACCCUGACCAGCAAGCGGUGCUGAUAAGACAACUGCAAGACCAGCACUACCACCAGUACAUGCAGCAGCUGCUGCAGCGACCGGCCACGAUGCCCAACAACCGGACGGCGCUGGCCGACGACGACGUGCAAAACGAGAAAACGCAGCUACUGACCAACGGAGCCAAUCUCGAUGCCGACGAGAGUGAAGAUUCCCAAGCAGAGUACUCACCCAUCUCGGCGGCAAACAUGUGGACAAGGAAGGAUAUUAGAGAAUUCAAAGAUGCGAUCAGGAGGGAAGGUGGAGAUUCUAUAAUCAAAGUUGGACAUGGCGAGACAGUCACUGUGAGAGUUCCGACCCAUGAGGACGGCACAUGUUUAUUCUGGGAAUUCGCCACGGACAGUUACGACCUCGGCUUUGGCGUCUUCUUUGAGUGGAGCAAACCAGAAAGCAGCCAAGUUUCAGUGCACAUAUCCGAGAGCGAGGAUGACGAGGAGGAUGAAGAGGACGAAGAAGACGAUGAAGAGACCCUUGGCGACGACCUGGAGAGAGGCAGCGGCCAAGAGGGUCAACCCGGUGGACGCAACCUGGUCGCUCGGCCGCCCAUGUCGAUCGUGGUCCCUGUCUAUCGACGUGACUGCCAGGAGGAGGUUUACGCCGGCAGCCACACCUACCCCGGUGCAGGCGUCUACCUGCUCAAGUUCGACAACUCGUACAGUUUGUGGCGCUCGAAAACGCUCUACUACCGCGUCUACUACACCAGAUGAUCCAAGUACGAGUUUGCCAAAAGUACUUAAAGCGGUACUCAAGAAAUGGCACUAAAAAUUUGCAUUUCCCCUACAAUUAAACAACUCAGUUCUUCACCAAAUGUAAAAUAUAGAGAGAUUUUAAUUAAUAUAAUUUAUUUUGAUAGUAACACAAAAAGUCAUUGAAUAAGAGCUUAUGUUUGAGUAUUUUUGAGCGAUUGGACCUUUUUUAUGUUUGCCUUUGACAGUUUGUUUUGAUAGACGUGAUGUCUAUUAUAUAUUCUAUGUAAUGUGUUCAGUUGAGUUUUUGUUUGAUCUCUGGAGAAAAAUUGCCUAUCCAAUCAAUGUACAUCUUCCCGAUGAGAAUAUUCUCGGCGUCCUUCCAUUUUUCCGUGUGCUUGUUUUCCUCAAUCUUAGCUUGAGAAUUGAUGAAAAGUAUUUAUUCUGUCUCCCAGACGGUGUUGUGUGUCUUGGUGAAAAAUCCACUCGAGUAUUAAAAAAAAAAAAAUUUAUCGACCUGCAAAUAAGAUGGAGAAGUGUGAUUGACUCCGAGGUGUGAUACGGUGAGAAUUGAAAAGAAAAAUAUUGUUUUGCAGAGAAUCAUAACUUCUC